CCAACACCUCAGUUUUCGCUUGGAAACUCUCAACAUGUGUUGAUCACUGGAAAUUCACCUACUAAACUUCCACAAUGGUCUAUUUUCUAGGAACUACCUUUGAUGAAAUUAAGUCAAAUUGAGGUCUACUCCAUCUCUACAUGCUUACAUUGCUUUUUUUUGUAUGUUUUUUUUUUUUUUUUUUUUUUUUAAAUAUGCCUCCACUUCAGUCACCUGGAAUAGUUAUAUAACGGGGUUCAGCCACUCGGUGCUGUAUUUGGUGUGAAAGUAUGGCUUGGUUCAGUGUAAAUAUCAGUAACACUACUUUAGAGCGUGCACUAUCUGGGGAUGAGCCGCGAGAUGAGCGCUUGGCUCAAGUGGAAAUAGCUCUUCUGUCCAUCAUCUUCAUCACCGCGGGGAUCCUAAACUUCGGGCUCCUGUUGGUGCUGUGGAAGCGGAGGAAGCAGCUCUCCAGGAUGCGUGUCUUUGUUUUCCACCUGUGCGUGGCUGAUCUGGUGGUCACGUUUUUCCAAGUUUGUCCCCAACUCAUGUGGGACAUCACUGACAGAUUCGUUGGUCCAGAUAUACUGUGUCGCGCGGUGAAGUACCUGCAGGUGGUCGGGAUGUUUGCCUCCACCUAUAUGAUAGUAGUGAUGACGAUAGACCGAUAUCAAGCCAUCUGCAACCCCAUGGUGACUUUCCAGAGGCGCAGAGCGCGCUGGAACGGUCCGGUGUGCGCCGCCUGGUGCGUCUCCCUCAUCGGAAGCCUCCCGCAGGUCUUCAUCUUCUCGCGGGUCGAGGUCGCUCCGGGUGUGUACGACUGCUGGGCGAAGUUCAUUACGCCGUGGGGACCGAGAGCCUACGUGACCUGGACAACUCUGGUGAUAUUCGUCUUGCCUGUUCUUACGGUGAUCGUGUGUCAGGUGCGCAUCUGCCGAACCGUGCACAUCAACUUCCACAUGAAGACGCAGCACGUCGGAGAGGCAGUCAGAAAACCGCUAUCCUCCAGGGCCAGCAGCGUGGCAGGGGUGUCCAAGGCGAGGGUGAAGACGGUGAAGAUGACCGUGGUCAUCGUGCUCGCCUACAUCAUCUGCUGGGCGCCUUUCUUCACCGUGCAGCUCUGGUCUGUGUGGGACGUCGAGGCACCCACUCAGACUGCAACCUUCACCAUCUUGAUGCUGCUGGCCAAUCUAAACAGCUGUGCAAACCCCUGCAUCUACCUGCUGUUCAGUGGGAAACUGCCCAAGAGACUGGUGGCCCUGAUGUGCGUGGGCCAGCCUGAUCUGAAGGAGUCCAUCCAGGAGGAUGCCACCAUGGUCAGCUCCUUGUACAUCAGCCUCAAGAGCCUGUCAGACUGCAGAUAAAAUCCUUAAGCCUCAGACACUUCUCUCACAUCAGGUCAUCAAGUAUUGUUCCCUCAUGAGCAAAGGAGCUGUAGAAAUCCACUAAUAUCUGUGAGGACAAGCAUUACAGCAGAACUACAACUCCCUGUAGUAACAGUGUAUUGUAGGGAGACCACAUUAUCACAUUGUGGAGACGAGACACUUGAAUGUUAAAAAGUACAAACUCAUUAUGUAUGGAGUACCAGACACACUACUAGUCCUUGAAGGAAUAUUACACUGAUACAUUAAAUAAGCUUCCUAUAAAGGCACUAUUACGUAACACAAACAUUUAAAAUAUUAAAAGAUUUCUAUAGAUUUUUGGCUGGACCACAACAGCAGGGCCAGCCCUAUAACCACAAUUGUCAAGAAGGGUCUAUCUGCAGUCCUGCAGACCUACACGACACGCCCACUUUACUACCCUGACCCUUAACCAUCUCACUGCUCAUGCCUAAACCUAACAAGUGGGUGUGUCAUGUAGAUAUGGACAGAUGGGUGACAAAUUAAAGGAAAAACCGA